GAAAACUCUCAAAAAUCACGAGUAGAAGCAUUUGAACUAUAAAAAAAAGUAGAAGCAUUUGAAAGAGGGAGAAAAAAAAGAAAAAGAAAUAAUGGCAGAUAAAGGAAGAGGAAUGAUAGUGUGUGAUAAUAGGUGUGGCUGCACAGUUCCAUGCACCGGUGGUUCCACUUGCAGGUGCAAAAGUAGUGGUGAGAGUGGUGGCAAUCACUCGACAUGUUCAUGUGGAGAGCACUGUGAGUGUAACCCAUGUAACUGUCCCAGCACUGUUGCUGCUGGCACUGGUUGCAGAUGUAACGCAACCACCUGCACUUGUGCCUCCUGCCGCACUUGAGUCAUGAUGAUGAGUUUGUGUGUUAAACAGGCAUAACUACAUGUUAUGUUUAUGUUUGGUUUUGUUGUUGUAUUUGAAAAUAAAAAUCAAGCAUGAAUAAAAAUAGGGUUGAUUUGACUGUCUUGUCUUUUUGAAGUUAAUACACAUUAAUAAUGCUUUAUCAAUCAAAAGCAUUGAUAAAGUUUUUGGUAAUUUCCAUAAUCAUGUACCGGUUAAUUAAAAUAAAACCGUUAUAGUUCACUUUCUCA